GCGAAGCAGAAGAAGUGCUCUUCCACUCUGCUUCUCUCCCUGUCUCGUCCCCGUCCCCUUUUUGUUGCAAUUUUUUAACCCCACACCUCGCCAUCUGGAUCUCCUAAACCCCACCCUGCUCUCUCUCUUUGUGAUGUUCAGCUGGCUCUCGACUCAGUCAUUCCUCUCUCCCCCCCCCUCUGCAUCUCCUCUCCUCACUUGCUGCAGCUCGGGCCCCGCGUGCUUCAUUAUUAAUAGGCCUCUCUGUCGCCCAUGUCCUUUCAUCCCAACACAUCACACUAACCUGCACAGGAGGAUUUCUUCCACAGUUCUGCUGUUUUUUUUAUUUAGACUAAAGACAGUUCUGUUGAUGGAUUGAAGAAAAGGGCGAUGAGAGAGGGCUGAGUGAGAGAACGGCGGGUGGAUGGAGCAGAAAAGGGAGCUGAGCGAGGGAGAGAGAGAACGAAAAGGGAGAGAAGGAUGUGGGCAUAUGUUAGUGUGUUGUAAUGCAGUGUGAUUCCGGGUGAGGAGCGUGGGGAGGCAGGAAUAAAAGGGAAUUUGAUUAGGGAUUCUCUCUGUGGAGAGACUCGCAGCCUCCGAGCUGUUAGACAGAAACGAUCGGCAAAGUGGCAACAUCAACCCUGACAGCACUGGGCUUUUCUCCACAUGGCCCAACAGUAAAGGCUGAUGCAUGGAUAGACUGAGCAAUUGGACUGCACUGCAGAAGCCUUCUUUUUUAAAUGGUCUCCUCUGACAGUUAGACACAACUGUGUGGUUAUUUAGAGAAUGAAAAGAAAAAAUCGGUGUUAUUUAUCAAAGAAAAUAAUGAUUCUAGCUAAUGGGAUGAUUACGGGUUUUAGCCUACCCACGCAUUUAGCUUCUGUUUAUUAAUGGAGAUCUGUACUUGUUGUUGCCAAAUAGCCACAACAGGAACUUCAUCUAGGACGUUUACCACUCCCAAAGCUGAUGACGGGACAGAGGUGAAAGCUGGAGUUGAAGCUAAGGGUGAAACUGAAGGUGAGGGUGGGCCCGAGGGCGACGUGGAAACAACCACAACCAUCUCUGAAGCUGAACGGUCCCCCGCUGUUACCCACAAACCACUUGGAGGCCUUCAGGAAGAAACCCACAAGUCAGAGGAACAGCUGCAUGAGACACAUGGCCACAAAGCUAAAUCUUUGUUUGAGCACGGGGAGAAAAUGGAGGAGCAUCCAGGAGGAGAAACUGAAAGAAAAGUCUCCCGCGAGUCUGAAAAACAUUCACAUGAGAUUCGUGGCCACAAAACUACUUCCUCGUCUGAACACGGAGCAGGAAGGGAGGAGGAAGAUGAGGAAGAAGAAAGAAAAUCCAAAGAGACAGUCUCUCACAAGUCUGAGGAGCUCGUACAUGAAACUCACGGACACGCAUCCACAACCCAAUCUCAGCACGGGCAAGAGAAGCAUGCAGAAAGCAAAGUUUCCCACGCAUUUGAGGAACACGACGCUCACGGCCACAAAACGACAGCCUCAUCUGAGCACGGUGAAAAAUCACACGAGGUGGUGCAUCGAGAACGAGGAGAAGAACGGAAAGUUUCCCACAUGUUUGAGGGGCACACACAUGAGACUCACGGCCACAAAACAACAACCUCACCUGAGCAUGGCGACGGGCAUGAAGAAAGAAAAGUUGAAGGGAAAGCUCCCCACAAUUUUGCGGAACACGUACACGAGAUUCACAGCCACAAAACAACAACCUCAUCUGAGCAUGGGGAGGAAAGAAAGGAGGAGGAGGAGAGUGAAAGUAAAGGAGAACACACACACGAGACUCACGGCCACAGAACAACCUCACAUGGGCACGGAUGGAGACACGAGGAGAAUAAAGUAAUACAUCCCGAAACAACAGACCCCCACACAUUGGAGGGGCAUGUACAUGCGCCUCACGGUCACACAACAACAACCUCGUCUGAGCACAGACAGCAGGAGCAUAUGGAAAGAAAAACUGAAGGCCAACACAAGUCUGAGGAACACAUACAUGAGGCCCAGAGCCACAAUAUACCAUCUGAGCACAGAACAGCUGAAAUUACAGCCUCCCACAACCCUGAUGGACAUGUGCAUGGAGGACAUGUAGAAGAAGCCCAUGACCACAGAUCAACAUCUGAACAUGGACACCAGAAGCCUGAGGGACAUGUGCAUGGAGGACAUGUAGAAGAAGCUCAUGGCCAUAGAGCAUCUGAACAUGGACACCAGAAGCCUGAGGGACAUGUGCAUGGUGGACAUGUAGAAGAAGCUCAUGGCCAUAGAGCAUCUGAACAUGGACACCAGAAGCCUGAGGGACAUGUGCAUGGUGGACAUGUAGAACAAGCUCAUGGCCAUAGAGCAUCUGAACAUGGAGACCACAAGCCUGAGGGAAAUGUGCAUGGUGGACAUGUAGAACAAGCUCAUGGCCAUAGAGCAUCUGAACAUGGACACCAGAAGCCUGAGGGACAUGUGCAUGGUGGACAUGUAGAACAAGCUCAUGGCCAUAGAGCAUCUGAACAUGGAGACCACAAGCCUGAGGGACAUGUGCAUGGUGGACAUGUAGAACAAGCUCAUGGCCAUAGAGCAUCUGAACAUGGAGACCACAAGCCUGAGGGACAUGUGCAUGGUGGACAUGUAGAACAAGCUCAUGGCCAUAGAGCAUCUGAACAUGGACACCAGAAGCCUGAGGGAAAUGUGCAUGGUGGACAUGUAGAACAAGCUCAUGGCCAUAGAGCAUCUGAACAUGGAGACCACAAGCCUGAGGGACAUGUGCAUGGUGGACAUAUAGAACAAGCUCAUGGCCAUAGAGCAUCUGAACAUGGACAUCACAAGCCUGAGGGACAUUUGCAUGGUGGACAUGUAGAAGAAGCUCAUGGCCAUAGAGCAUCUGAACAUAGAGACCACAAGCCUGAGGGACACAUCCAUGGGGGACAUGUAGAACAAGCUCAUGGCCAUAGAGCAUCUGAACAUGGACACCAGAAGCCUGAGGGACAUGUGCAUGGUGGACAUGUAGAAGAAGCUCAUGGUGGCAGACCUACAUCUGAACAUGGACACCACAAUCCUGAGGGACAUGUCCAUGGGGGACAUGUAGAAGAAGCUCAUGGCCAUAGAGCAUCUGAACAUGGAGACCACAAGCCUGAGGGACAUGUGCAUGUUGGACAUUUAGUAGAAGCUCAUGACCACAAACCUACAACUGAACAUGGAAACCACAAGCCUGAGGGACAUGUGCAUGUUGGACAUGUAGUAGAAGCUCAUGACCACAAACCUACAACUGAACAUGGAAACCACAAGCCUGAGGGACAUGUGCAUGUUGGACAUUUAGUAGAAGCUCAUGGCCACAAACCAACAACUGAACAUGGAGACCACAAGCCUGAGGGAAAUGUGCAUGGUGGACAUGUAGAACAAGCUCAUGGCCAUAGAGCAUCUGAACAUGGACACCAGAAGCCUGAGGGACAUGUGCAUGGUGGACAUGUAGAACAAGCUCAUGGCCAUAGAGCAUCUGAACAUGGACACCAGAAGCCUGAGGGACAUGAGCAUGGUGGACAUGUAGAACAAGCUCAUGGCCAUAGAGCAUCUGAACAUGGACACCAGAAGCCUGAGGGAAAUGUGCAUGGUGGACAUGUAGAACAAGCUCAUGGCCAUAGAGCAUCUGAACAUGGAGACCACAAGCCUGAGGGACAUGUGCAUGGUGGACAUAUAGAAGAAGCUCAUGGCCAUAGAGCAUCUGAACAUGGACAUCACAAGCCUGAGGGACAUUUGCAUGGUGGACAUGUAGAAGAAGCUCAUGGCCAUAGAGCAUCUGAACAUAGAGACCACAAGCCUGAGGGACACAUCCAUGGGGGACAUGUAGAACAAGCUCAUGGCCAUAGAGCAUCUGAACAUGGACACCAGAAGCCUGAGGGACAUGAGCAUGGGGGACAUAUAGAAGAAGCUAAUGGCCAUAGAGGAUCUGAACAUGGACACAACAAGCCUGAGGGACAUGUGCAUGAAACUCAUGGCCACAGAAUAACAACCUCAUCUGAACAUAGGCAUGGAAGGGAGGAAAGGGGACAUACAGAAAGAAAAGACUCACACAACUCUGGGGGACACAUAUAUGGCCACAAAACUACAUCUGAGCAUGGAGAGGUGGGACAUACAGACAGACAAGACCACCACAAGUCUCAUGGACAUAUGCAUGAGGCUCAUGGCCAUAAAACAACACAUGGACAUGGAAGGGAGGAAGAGAGGCAUACAGAAAGAAGAGUCUCGCACAACUCUGAGGGACACACGCAUGGCCACAGAACCUCAUCUGAGCAUGGCGAGGAGCAUACACCCAGGCAAGACCACCACAAGUCUGCCGGACAUGUUCAUGAGAGUCAUGGCCACAUGACAUUAACAACCUCGGGCACGGGGGAAGAAAGUCAUAGAGAAGGAAAAGGAACUUUCUGCAUUCUAUGGCCGCAUGAGGCCGGGCAUUGUUGUGCACCAGGAGGAAUCCAGGACCCACUGCAAUAGUGUAGGCUCUGAGAAGGAUUGGCAGUCAGAGUGCCAUUGCCUGUCCUGUAUAGGUCUGUGCGUCCCUCCAUGGAUAUCCCUCCCCAGACCAUCACUGACCCACCACAAAACUGCUCAUGCUCAACAAUGUUACAGAGUAUAACGUUCUCCACAGCUUCUCCAGAUCAUUUCAUGUUUUUCACAUGUGCUCAGGGUGAACCUGCUCUUAUCUGUGAACGGUACACGGGCACUAGUAUUGGAAUUGCCAAAUCUGCAAUUCUAUGGCAAAUCACUGUCAGACUCCACUGUGCCAGACAAUGAGAACAGGUUCCACUAGAUAAUGUUGGAUACCCUCUUGACGUCUUUCUGACAUCUUCACCAAGGCCUGCUGGGGGUCAUAUUGUAGAGUUCUGGUGAUCCUCAUCCUGCUUGUCCUUGCAUAAAGGAGUAGAUACUAGUCCUGCUGAGGGUUUAAGGGCUCUCUAAAUCUAUGUUUGGCUUUUCUAGAGUAACGCCCUGCAUCCAGGAAUCUCCUGAAUGCUCUUCAGACUGUGCUGGGAGACAGCAAACUUUCUAACAAUGGCACAUAUUAAUGUGCCAUCCUGGAUGAGUUGGACUACCUGUGCAACCUUUGUAGGGUCCAGGUAUCACCUCAUGCUACCAGUAGUGACACUCACCUAGACAAAUGCAAAACUAAUGAAAAAACAGCUAGAAAAGAUAAGGAGGGAAAAGAUGUCAAUGCCUCCACCUGUAAACCAUUCCUGAUGUGCUGGGUUGUCUCUGGGUUUCCCCUCUAGUGCACUUGUUGUUAAUUUCAUUAUAACCAACGCAGCUGAAGCUGAUUAACAACCCCCUCUGCUACUUAACUCACCAGAUCAAUAUCCCAGAAGUUUACUUAGUUGAGUCUACACUCUGGUUAAAAAGUGUUGCUUUACAGUUUUUGAACAGUAAAAAAUGUUUGUACAUGAGACUUAUGACCACAAAUCCCCAGCCUCACAUGAACAACAGCUGAAAGGAACGCUAUCUAUGCUAUAUGUUGUGCUAGGAAUUUCAUCAUGAAAUGUAGCUCAUUUUUUCUUGACGUGUCAUUGAUGACUGUGGUGUUUCACUCUCCCAUAAAUUUGACGGACAUGUACGCGAGACUCAUGGUCACAAAACAAAAAUUAAAUUUUACCAUGGUCAAGAGAUGGAGCAUAGCGAAAUAAAAUUUGAAAAGACAUGCAUUUUGUUUAUAUGUAAGCCUUUUGAUGUUCAGUUGACUUACACAAGCUAGAAAGAGUAUAUUACUUGUGAUGCAGGCAGUAGAAGAAACUUUCACCAUCACUUAACCUUGGCAGCCUACGGUGAAAAAUGAAAACUGGAAAAAAUAACUAAAUAUAUGUCUUCAGCUAAAUGAUGGCCUGUCUGUCAACAUGAACCAUAAGGCUAAAUUUAAGUCUGUUAGCAAAAGCAGAGCCAUUUUUUUAUAAUUUUUUUUAUAUCUAAGACAAUGAAUGAUGCAGAAGGGCUGGACAGAGAAAGCAAAUAGCAUAAAGGAUGGCAUAGAAAUAAAUGGGCAGAGUAGAAAAAGAAGAUGAAUUUCACACUGAAGAUGCUCCUGGAAAAAAACAGUUCUGUUUCUGUGUUUUUCCCACAUUUUAAACACCGUUGUGUUCCUUCUGAUCAACACAUUAUAAUGCAGAAAGAACACAUGUCGUAUUACAUUAGAAUGCAUGAAUGGAAUCUGCAUUAGCAAAGGCUUUUUCCACAAAUCUUUUUUUGAUUUUUGUAGUCUCUGUGUUUCUUUACAAAAAAACCUGAGAUAAUCUGUGCGGCAUCAAUAUAGAUUGAUUUCUGAGUUGUUGCUC